AUGGCGUUCCCAGGCGCAUUCGGCGGCGCAGGGAUGGGCGGCGCAGCAGCAGGAGGAAAUGCAGGCAUGAGCGAGCAGGAACAGCAAAUGGUCAAGAUGAUGCAAAAAGGCAUGGAAUCCUGCGUCGCAAAAUCAGUUCUAGCAGGCGGAAUGGGCUUCGUCCUCGGUGGCGCUUUUGGCCUGUUCAUGUCGAGUAUGGCAUACGACACUCCCCUCUCCCCUCAAGGCCAACAAAUCACAUCGCUCCCCGUUCGCGAACAACUCCGGAGGGGCCUCAAAGACAUGGGUUCGAAAUCAUACUCGUCGGCAAAGAACUUUGCCCUCAUCGGUGCGCUCUACAGCGGGACAGAGUGCGGCAUAGAAGGGUUUCGGGCAAAGAGCGAUCUCUACAACAGCGUCUCUGCCGGAUGUAUCACGGGCGGAAUACUGGCGCACAAGGCGGGUCCCCAGGCUGCGGUGCUCGGGUGUGCCGGCUUCGCGGCAUUCAGCGCGGCCAUCGAUGCGUAUAUGCGAAUGCCGGAGAGCGAUUGA